GUUGUUCCUCCGCGCCGAAGGAUGGGCCCUUUUCUCCCUGCGAUUUGCGUCGUGCUGCUCGCCCUGAACGCCGCUGUCUCGCCGGCCUCUGUCGGCCCUGAGGACUAUCCCGCCGUGGACGAGGCCGAGAGAACUGCCAACAAUGACAUCAUUUUCGAUGACUACCGAGGGAAAGGCUGCGUGGAUGACAGUGGCUUUGUGUACACGCUCGGGGAACGCUUCUUUCCGGGCCACUCGAAUUGCCCAUGCGUGUGCACGGAGGAUGGACCUGUUUGUGACCAACCCGAGUGCCCUAAAAUACACCCCAAGUGCACUAAGGUGAAACACAACGGUUGCUGCCCCGAAUGCAAGGAGGUCAAAAACUUCUGUGAAUAUAAAGGGAAGACUUACAAAAUCCUGGAGGAGUUCAAGCCCUCGACCUGUGAAUGGUGUCGCUGUGAGCAAAAUAACGAGGUACACUGUGUGGUAGCUGACUGUGCAGUACCAGAGUGUGUCAACCCAGUGUACGAGCCAGAGCAGUGCUGCCCCGUCUGUAAAAAUGGUCCAAAUUGCUUCGCUGGAACGACAAUCAUCCCAGCUGGCAUCGAAGUGAAGGUGGACGACUGCACCAUCUGUCGGUGCCACAGUGGGGACUGGUGGAAGCCUGCACAGUGCUUGCGGCGGGAGUGCCUGAAUGGCCAGACAUCAUAG